AUGUACAAAACAGAAGAUGAUCAUUUACAUCAAGAAUCAAGAUCUAUUGGCAUAAACCAACAAUCAAAAGAAGUAAUAUGCGAGUUAUUCAAAAUGAAAAUCAAGCCAAAACGCAUGCUAGAAUUAUUAGAAGAGAAAGGUUUACCUGUUCCGAAAAAACAACAAUUAUCGAAUUAUUUAACAUCAUUAAGAGAAAAAUGUUACGGUACUUCAACUAUUAGCUUAGGUGAACUCGAAGCUUGGUAUGAAAUUAAUAAUGACGAUGAUGAUGAUAAUGUUAGUAAUGAUGAUGAUGAUAAAAAUAAAUUUCGAUUCUUUGUUACAACUAAAAGAUUAUUAUUUAAUGCAAGUAUUUCAAAUAAAAUCCAUGUUGAUGCCACUUACAACUGUAUUUGUGAUGGUUUACGUAAUUUAAAUUUGCAGAUGAAUGAACAAGAAUUAGUACUUAUUGCAGAUGGUGCUGAAGCUAUUAGCAAUGCAUUUUCAAAAGAUUUUGGAACAGACCAUAAUAUUGUUAUGUGUUGGUUUCAUAUGCGGAAACGUGUAGAAAAAAAGUUAAAUUUAGUCGAAGAUAAAGCUUUACAUAAUGAAAUUAUGAAUGAUAUUGAAACAUCACAAUUGUCAAAAAAUAACAAAACAUUUAACAUUGCUACAAGAUUAUUCUAA